AUGGACCCCACUCGAUCAAUUGAUCCUACUUGCGACAAAUGGGAGCGCAAACGCCUCCUCGAAGCCAGCAUUCCAAACGAGAAGCAGAAAGAGAAGAGGUGGUGUAGCGCUGUGCUGACUAUUGCCCUGCUCCUCCUCGCCACCCUGCUCUCCACCACGCUCGCUGCUGUGCUGGCCUGGAAGCUGCACUACACGCGCCAUCCGCAUACCGUUGCAUGGUUCCCUCCAGACGUGCCUCGCGAACAAACCUUCAAGUUUCAGCCCAUCUUUGGGGCUAAUCUUAGCGAUGAAGCCGAGCGGGCCUGGACAAAACUGAUCCCCAAGGGCAAGGGAUUCGUCCACAUCAACAACGAGAGCCCCUUGGACCCUGCCCCGGGCCUCGACCUGUCGCUGCCGCAUCAGCGUGCCAUGGUGGCUGUCUUCCAUCAACUGCAUUGUCUCUACAUGACCCGGAGCGCCUACUUCUCCGCCCGCGCGGGCAAUUUCGACGAUGUCCAUGAAGAGCAUUUGUCGCAUUGCUGGGAUUAUUUGCGACAAACGCUCAUGUGUGCUGGUGACACGACCCUGGAGUGGGUGGGAGCUCCACCACAUGAUCUCGGAAGCUCGGGUUGGGGCUAUCGUCAUCAGUGUAGAGAUUAUGCCGCCAUCUAUACGUGGGCGGAAAAGCACCGUCUGACCAAUACAAAGAAGAUCCAUACCUGACCUACAAGACGCCUAGUAGUAGAGGCAAAUCGAUAUUUUCUGCAAGGCGGAGAAAGAGCUCUGCCACUGAUUUCGUUCUAGAUGAGUUCGAGCUUAGCGUUUCGAUAGACAGUCGCGAAACAUUUGCCUACGCUUCAAGUCUCGAAGCGCACCGC